AGAUAUUUCUCCAAGUGAUCACAUUGGAAUCAUAUGCUAUUCUUCUGGGAAAUAUCCAUCAACCCCUCUGAACAACAGAAUUAAGCUUGCAAUUGCAGAUUUGCAGAUCUGCUGCUUCUUCUAAUUUGCUAGGCCUAAUUUUGGUACCAGUGUCCAACGUUCUUCGAUUUCUUUUGCUAAACCUGUGGCAGGGUCUUCUUCAAUGGAGCUUCUGGUAGAGCCUAUCAUGGAGCUGGUAAAGUGUUUGUGGAGGUCAGCUUGCACCUAUCUAGAUCAUCACUCAAAUUUUAAUGAAGCUGUGAGUGAUCUGAGAAGAGAACGUGAAAAUCUAAACAGUCAAAAAGAGGAGAUAAAUUCAAAAGUACAAGAUGAGGUUCUUUGGGGGAGAAAAAGGAAACGUGAGGUAGAAAGCUGGCUUCAUGAUGUACAACAAAUCAAUGAUGAAGUGGACGAAAUUGAAGGAAAGAUUGAGAGAGUAAAGUGGUACUCACGGGGCCAUCUUGGAAAACUUGUUUGCAGGAAAAUUGAGGUGGUGAAAAAAAUCCGUGUAGAUGGUUGUUUUCGUGAUGGUCUCGUAGAUGAUAGACCUCCAACCCGUGGAGUCAUCAUGUCAAAUGAUAAUCCAGUGGGUGAAGAUUCUGCAAAAGAAAAAAUCAGGGGAUACUUGGUGGGCAAUGAAGUUAGAAAGAUUGGAGUUUGUGGGAUUGGUGGGAGGUUAAGGUUUAGUUAUGAUCGUUUGAAUAAUUUUGAAAUCCAAAGCUGUUUUCUUUAUUGCUCCUUGUUUCCUGAAGAUUAUCCAUUUCAGACAGAAGGGUUGGUAGAAGGGUGGAUUGAUGAAGGACUAAUUGAUGUGUUGCCUAGUAGAAAAGCAGCUUAUGAUAGGGGUCAUGCCUUUUUAAAUAUGCUAGUAAAGAAGUGCUUGUUAGAGAAAACUGUUAAUUGGGGUGAUGAUGUUUUCAAGAUGCAUGAUGUAAUGAGAGACAUGGCUAUCAAAAGCAUUGGUCCUGAAUUUGGUUAUAUGGUAAAAGCUAGAAUGAAGUUGACAGAGGUGCCAGAAGAGCAUGGGUGGGGAAAUGAUCUUAAGAAGGUGUCUCUGAUGGAGAAUAAAAUAUCAAAAAUUCCCCUUGGGCUGUGCCCAAAGUGUCCAACUCUUUCAACUUUGAUAUUGUCAAAUAAUGAUAAUUUGUCCGAGAUCCCAAAAUCCUUCUUUGAAGGUAUGCCUGAACUGAAGGUUCUUGAUCUUUCUCAAACUGGUAUUGAAACUUUACCUAAUUCCAUCUCAAACUUGGAGAAGCUCUCUUCCAUGAGGUUAAGCGAGUGUUACAGUUUAAGGUAUUUGCCUUCUUUAGCAAAGCUUACAGCAUUAAAGAAGUUGGAUUUGCUGUGGUGUGAUGCUGUGGUGGUCCCUCAAGGCAUGGAGAAAUUGAUUAGUCUCGAAUAUCUUGAUUUAAGUUGUUGUGGGAAUCUGGGAGAGAGUCCAGUGGGAAUGUUAUCAAACCUUUCCAAGCUCCAAUACUUGUCAGUUUAUUUAGGAUUGGAGAUAAAAGGAGAAGAGGUUGCGGGAUUGAAGAAGUUAGAGACCUUUGAAUGUGAAUUCGAUGACAUACAGGGCUACAAUCAUUUUGUCAAUUCUCAAGAUUUUCGAAUUCUUACUGACUACGGGAUUGCAGUAGGACCAUUCGGCUCUGAACUUGACCAAGACAUUCACCAAAGGAAACCUGUGGUUAAAAUUCAUCAUUGGAACUUAGGAGACGAACGUAUAGUGCUUCCAGAUAACCUUCAGAGGCUGAAGAUAGUGCAGUGUGGAAACAUGAGAAGCGGCUUAAAUAAAGCAGUUUUGUUAGAAAAGGCAACCGAGUUGAGAUCCUGUGAUAUUGACGAAUGUGAAGAUAUGGAGUGCGUGGUUGACUUGAACUCAUCCUCCUGUCUAGUACUGGAUAAGCUUGAAGAGCUGCAUCUUUGCAGAUUGUUUGAAUUGAGUGUUCUUGUGAGAGUGGAAGGAGUAGCAACACCACUGCACGUCUUUUCCAAUCUUAAAAGGCUUUCGAUUGAGCUUUGUUCAAUGAGGAAGUUGCUUCCACUUGAGCUGCUCCAGACCUUCCAAAACUUAGAGAAGAUUUGUGUUCGUCACUGCUGGGAUAUGGAGGAGAUAAUAGCAUCAUCAGAUUCAGAUGCAUCAUCGGAUAAAUUCACUUUUCCCAAGUUAAGGAUAUUGUGGUUGGACGAUUUACCCCAAUUGAAGAGCAUCUGCAGUGCCAAAGGAGUUAUGGUUUGUGAUUCUAUUGAACAAAUUGGAAUAUUGAAAUGUCGGGAGUUAAAGAGGAUCCCUGUGCAGCUUCCCCUGCUUGAUAAUGGCCAACCAUCUCCUCCUCCUUGUCUUAGAGAAAUCUACGUGGAUAGAGAUGCAAAAGAAUGGUGGGAAUCAGUGGAGUGGGAUCAUAAGAACCUACUUCAACCUUUCUUGAAAUAUUCUCCCUGGUCAUAAUUGAGGGGUAAGCUGUUGAUUGAUUAAGUAUUCAAUUUCUAAUUUUAAGAAUGUUGAUUUUAUUUUUUUUUAUUUUAUUUGUUUUCCAAUUCCUCUUCUAUCAUUUCCAAUCUAGAUGGAAAGAAACAAUUUCUGUUGUUUCACUGAUUCUUGGUAGUUGAAUGAAGGGAACAAGUGACCAUGAUCUAGAGUAAGAAAUCGUCAACUUAAAUUUCCAGGUUUCUUCAUCAUUCCUUCCAGUCCAUGGUAGGGGCACUAGCGGACGGCCAGGAUGAGCAGCAACAUUCCGUUUGUGUGUAUACCUGACAUGUCCAAGUAAGUCACGUGCGGCCUCGAACAGCACGUGCUAGUAAAACCUUCCUUGUGCUUCUCUCCUCCAGUCCAGUCGUGUUAUUUUGAUUCUGGAAGAGAUCCAGUUGAGUUGAGUCCAACCUCUGCUUCCCCAAUUUCAUCUGAGAUUCUCGCCAAGCUGGGUGAUAUGUGGUAAAUAAAUAAGGCAUGUAGGACCUGGAUGAUGAUAUGGCUACCAAGUGAGAUUAAUUAUAUGUUGUCGUUUUAUGUUAUGUCUGAGGUCGUUUUGAAUAGGGUUAGGUUAUUUAGCAGUUUUGUGUUUCAUUUUUGCAGUAGUUCAGAAAUUUGUUCUUCUUCAUCGUCUACUAUCCUUUAUCCUCUGUAAUCUUACAUUUGAGAAACUAUCUGUAAUCCUUGGGUUUCAGAGUAAUAUAUCGAGGAAUAUAUCGGAAAUCUUUCUUUCAAUUUCUACUAGAUUUCCCCUGUAGAGGAAUUUAUCGAGAGCUAAUUGGGGCUUUCCUUAUUUUUUUCUCACUUAUCUUUCAUUUUAUCUGCAUGACUGGGUACUAUAUAUGGAAUCAAAUCUCUUUUAUCUAUUGUAUGAAUUAUUAUGAUUUUAACUCCUUUUUAUAUUUCUUAUUCCAUUUUGUUAAUUCCAAAAUCUACUGCAGAUUUUCUGAAAUGAUUUGUUUCUGCCAAGAUUUUUGGU